AUGACUGAAAAAGAUACAUCAAAAACUACCAUUGAGACAAAUAGUCCUUUGUAUUUGCACCCUUCAGAUGGUCCAAAUACCUUGAAGGUAGAUUGUCUGUUAACAGGGGCUACAGACUACAGACCAUGGAAAAGAUCCAUGGAAAUCUCUCUUGCAACCAAGAGAAAGUUGGGCUUUGUCACUGGGGCUUUGACAAAGUCUAGCACUGAUUCUGUCUUGAGAGAAGCUUGGGAAGCUUGCAACAGCAUGGUCACAGCCUGGCUUCUUAAUAACAUGACAGAAUCUAUAAGAAGGUCAGUGAUGUAUAUGAAGUCAUCAAAAGAAAUCUGGUUAAGUCUUAAGCACAGAUUUACUGUGAGUAAUGGCAGUAGGAAGUAUAGACUAAACAAACAAACCUAUGAGGUGAAACAAAAUGAAAGACCUGUGUCUGAGUAUUAUACAGAACUAAGGGUUCUCUGGGAAGAGAUAGAGUCAAUGAAUGACUAUCCUUCUAUCACAAGUGUGAACACUGAAGUUACAGCUUAUGUUGAAGCUAUAAAUCAACAAAAGGAAGAACAGAAACUUUUUCAGUUUCUAAAUGGUCUUGACCUUUCAUAUGGGUCCCUGAGAAGUCAUAUCUUGUUGAUGCACACCUUACCUACUGUAGAGGGAGCUGUGUCCAUGGUUCAACAAGAGGAGUCACAAAAUGAAGUGAUAGGAAAAGAGAAAGAAGAAAGUGGAGGCAUAGCUCUUUACAGCAAAAAUGACAACAAGCCAUAUUGCACUGUUUGCAAGAAGAAUAAAUCAUACAGCUGA